AUGGAUAACUUCGAGUACAGCAUCCAGCUUAACGACAGGGACUGGGCUGAGUUCUUCUUGGCGUCGGAGGAAUGCAACCUAGCGCCGGUCGCCCUGGCCACGGCCGAGGAGCAGUGUCUCAGUGACAUUGAACAAGGGGACGGCGUGCCGGGGAGGGACUGCCGCGCCAGCACAAACGGGCAGAUCGCUGCGAGGGUGGGCAGCAGGCCAGGGCCUGGCACGGGAAGCUCUGCCCCACGUGGGGUGGCUGGAGACGCCUCCCUGCGCUGGCCUGCCGGCGGGCACCUUGCCCUGCCGGAGCUUCUCUCAGGCAGCGAGGACGAAACGGACCUGGGGUCGGUCGGCAGGUUUCUGUGCGAGAGCGACAAGCCCGGCUGCCCUUCUUACGGUCCAAUGCCCAGCACGCAGGGGAGGCAGCCCCCCUGUCCCCCCGCAGCCACCCUUGCUGGCCCGGCUGGUGGCACAGCCGAAAGCAGCCCAGGGCAGGACACAGCAUGUGAAGCAGCAGCACCGCAGCCGCCAUCGGCAUCAGAGAAAGGAGCAGCCAGCGGCAGUCAGGCCAUGGAGCCUCCCAGCCACCCAGCUGGAACAAGCACCCCUGAACAGGGAGGGGACGCAGGAGGGGAACAACCCCGUGGCAGCCUGGUGGCGGCACAGCCAGGGGCUCCCGUGCAGGGCAGCUCGCCAGCGCUGGCUACCUCCCCGGAGGUUUCGGCAAGGAAAAGUCCCAGCAGCGCUUCCCGCUUGGAGCCCAGGCUACGGGAACCCCCGCGUGAGCACCCCCCAAGCCCAGAGACUGCGCCCAGAGCGCCCGGCUGCCCGGCGCAGGAGGAGGCGAGUGGGGAGAAAGCGGGCACCGAGCCGAGCUCCCCGGCUGGCUCUCCAGACGUUGUGAGGCCCAAGGUGCCAGGACAGCUGAGAAAAAGCCGCAAGCAACGUGGAGCCAGUGCCGCCGAGGCAGCCCAGGGGGACAGGGAGCCUGCGGGGGCUGCGGCACAGGGGACUGGUGUACCCGCAAAGGCACCUUUAAGCUCACCGCUGUCCUCACGAAAGAGCAAAGGGAAGGAGAAGGCAGCCAAGCCAGCUCCUGUGAAGCUGGGGAGCGAGGAGGCAGGGGAGAGCAAACGGCCAGUGCUCAGCCCUGGCACGGACGAGGGCAAUCCAACCGUGAGCACUCCCCCGAAGCAGAAGGUGAAGGAGCCGGGGGCACAGCCCCUGGGGAAGGCAAAGGCCACCAAGCAUUCAAAGCCAGGGCAGGCUGGUGGCUUGGGUGUACGUGACAAUGUGCCAGUGAUUGCUGCCAGCGGAGCCAGAGCUCCUUUGGGAGAGGCAUGCCAGGAGGCACCGGGGAAGCCUCUCCAUCCCAAGAGCGUGGCAGCUGUUGGAGGGGAUGAUGCUGAGGGAGCUCAUGGGGAGCCUGCAGCUGAGACCCCCGGGGAGCUGGGCCCCCCUUGCUUUGCAGCAGGGGCCUCUGCAAGGGCAGACACCCUGGACGUGACUUGGCCUGAGAUGUACGACUAUCUGUUCUGUGACUCCCAAGGGGAAGAAGAAGGAAUGGGGAACUCACUGGAGGAGGAGAAAACACCCUUGGAAAGGGAAAUAUCCUUGCCUGAACUCUUGGCCCCAGUCAAAGACUCCCUGGUUAUCUCUGUCCCUGAGGUGUAUGAACACUUCUUUCCGGAUGGUCCUGGGAACAGGGCGGGCUGGAGGGGGGUUUUCUCAAUCACUCCAGCCUCCGAGGUGAAGAAAGCUGUGGGGGCUUUGAAGUCCCUCCUGCAAAGGCCAAUGCAUCUCAUCAGAGGCCAAGCCCCAGCCCCCCAGGCUCUCGUGCGGAGAGGAUCUGGAGAGAAGCUCUCCCUUGUCCCGCUGGCUCCGCUGGGAAGAGGCCAGCCGCGGCCAGAAAGUUUGGACAUGGCCCUUGCACUGACAGGGAGGCCCGAGGCUCCGCUGGCGCUGACCCACAAAGACAUGUGCCUCGUCUUCUGUGCCUUUGCGUCCUGGGCAGUGAAGACCUCUGACCUGCAGGCUCCGGAUGCCUGGAAGACCGUGUUCCUGGCAAGUUUUGGCACACUUUCUGCCAUCCGCUACUUCCGAAGGCAGGUCAGAGAAGGACACCCCCGGACCUAG